AGCUACUACACAAGCCCUAACCCACGUGACCCACACACAUAUAUUUAGCUUUCACUAGCUACUAGUUAGACAACAACAACCAACCACGUUCAACCUCUCUCACAGGUUAUGAAGCCCUUGCACUUCUACGAAGCGUUAUAACCAUGCAAUAAUCAUACAAUAAGCUUUUCAAAUAGCUGCUUCUUUCAUUCAAAUACCUCAUAUCAAAUGCCUGUCAAUACUAGAUCGAUCAACCGCGAAGAGAUCUCAGAGAAUCAGAUAGCUGGAUCCUUUCCAACAUCAAUAACCGCGCGAAGACAACAAGAAUAAUCAAGCCCAAGAUAAUCCUCCAGAACGCGAAGAUAUGACAGACUGCAAUGAAGCCGCCAUUCUGAGACAGCAUAUUGCUCAGUUGAAUGACAAGAACACAAAAAAAAUCCUGAUAAUGAUGCCCAAUAACAAUGCCAAUAACAAUACCAAUAUCAAAAAUACUGUGGAUCCGGAGCGAUAUCAUGGAUAUAACCAUAACCCGUGGUGUCAACGAUGUCACGGACAUAAUCAUAACCAUAACCGCCAAUAUCGACGCCAAAACGAUGGAAAUACCGAUAUGAUGCCAGGCCACAGUGCCUAUAUGAUGCCAGGCCACAGUGCCUAUAUGAUGCCAGGCCACAGUGCCUACGAUGCCAGGCCCCAGUGCCUAUAUGAUGCCAGGCCCCAGUGCCUACGAUGCCAGGCCCCAGUGCCUAUAUGA